AUGACAGAGGUACAGCCAGUCGAAGAGGAAGUCAUACCAAAUACAUAUGUCAUAAGACCAAACUUCCAGCAUAAAUUUCGUCCUAUAAUAGUGAAAGAGCUGAUACAUAAUGUCCUUGCGGAGAACCUAACAGGAAGGGAAUAUGUGGGAGAAGAGACAACAGAUUGGUGUAAAACUAUAUCAGAUGAAAUUAAAGUCAGAUUAAAAGACAUAGGCUAUGAUAGAUAUAAGUUUAUAGUCCAAGUGGUUAUAGGAGAACAGAGAGGGGAGGGGGUAAAGAUGGGCUGUAGGUGUUUCUGGGAUUCUGAUACAGAUAACUACGCUCAAGACAUCUUUAUGAAUGAUUCAUUAUUCUGUGUGGCAGCUGCAUAUGGAGUCUUUUAUUACUAG